CAGUAAGGCGGGAAGGGGGGAAAAAGAAGGUAAAAAUAAGAUAAAAAGUGGUCUUAUGACCGAUCGAGAUCCUGUUGCAGGAAGGAAGGAAGGAAGGAAGGAGAUUGGGGAGGAAGAAAAAUAAUUACAGGUUCGUGGUGUUGAGGUGGUUUCAGAGCGGGCUGCUGGCUUGCAUGUUAGGGGUAAAGGGAAGGGAAGGCCAAGGGAAGAAGAUGUUGAUGUUGUUCAUUGCAGCCUUAGUCAACUUUUGAACCCGGAGCCUCAGCGAGCCUUAAACCCGGGAAGGCAAAGUGUGAUAAACCCAUGCCAUACCGCCGGCAAAGUUCCACAUAUCUUUUUUACACAAGCUUCUCUCUCUUCCUACUACCUUGCGUCCUCUACUUUUACUCUCCUGUCAAUUUUCCGGCAAACAGAGAAGCUGAAUCCGUUACGAUGCUUGAGACGAUUUACGUUACUAGACAUGGCUUUCGCAGCAAUUGGUCGACUGACGGCCAGGGGAAUAUCUCUGAUAUGAUCAAAUCUCCUACCGGCGUCUCCUCUGAUCCCCCGCUCUCUGCUCACGGAGCUGAGCAGGCGAGGGAGCUCAUGGCGCACCUUGUGAAGCUCGACCCUAAAAUCGACAGAAUCUAUAGCAGCCCAUUUUACCGCUGUCUGGAGACUAUCAACCCCACGGCGGAAGCUUUGGAUCUAGGAAUUCUUGCUGAUAACGGUAUCGGGGAAUGGUACGGUGUCGCUCGAUUCGAACACCCGUCCCCCGCUAGCCCCGAGUUGUUGCACACUUUCUUCCCACGUGUCAGCCUUAGCCACGUCCCCACUAUCAUCCCAUCCACUAGUGGUGAGACCAUCGCUCAGCUUCACGAUAGGACUGCGUAUGCCCUUGCCAGAAUUAUCGCCGACAUUGAUCGUGGUUGGGCUGAGGAGGGGAAGGGACCUAAGGCUAUUAUCAUCUGUAGUCAUGCUGCGCCUAAUAUUGCUGUUGGGAGGGCUCUCACUGGUGAUGAGAAAUUUGACGUGAAGACUGGAACUUGCUCUCUUAGCACUUAUCGCCGCCGCAAGGUUCCUACCAGCCCGACCAUAGUCCCUGCUCCGUCUGACGCGUUUCCCAUCCCGGAUAUAGCCUGGCGUGGUGGCAACGGUGUCGGGGGUGGAUGGGACAGCGUCCUCAACGGGGAUUGCGCCUUCCUCGCGAACGGCGAGGAAAGGAAUUGGUGGUUUUCGGAUGAGGAAGCUUGGGACUCCGCCGUCGUCAAGCCGAAGCCCGGUGAGGCUCCUGGGGGGUCUGCUUCUCAGGCGGAGCGUACGGAGGCAAAGAUAUAACGUCAUAGGGGAAUUUAUAGACGAACGCGAUGAUACCUAGCUAGAGAGUGAGCUUGGGUGAUGAGGGCGUUAUGGUUAUAUUUUUUCUCGGGG